CCACCGAAGCAAUGAACUAUUUGCUAGAAAAAAAGAUGAAUGCGGAAGACCGUCAACAUUCAAAGCUUGAAGAAGAAAUGGUAAAGAAAGAGCACGAGGACUUGGAAAGUCAAGGAACUUCAAGAGCUUCUACACCAUUUAGUCCCAUGUUUUAUGAAGCAGAUGAAACAAUGCGACAACUUGCCGAAGAUGAAUUCUUUUCCAAUAGUCCAUUUCAUCAAACUAUUAAUCGAAGAGAGUCUAUUAAGGAUGGACAAAUCGAUGCCUCAAUGAUAUUGAGGACCCUUUAA